AUGAGCGCGCCUCCGCCUGGCAUGCCUAACGGCCAAAACCCCAAUGGCCAGCCUCGCCCGCCCCCGAUCAAGCGACGACCUCGCGGAGAUCCUCUCGUUGCCCGCAAACGCCCAGGACCCCCGCGACCCGCGGCUGCGCGCCCCGGAACGAAUACUUUGCAGACCGCGGCAGGCGCUAGACCAUCACCCGGCGCGUCGGGCCAUCAUGGCAUUCUUCAGCGCCCCGAAACAGAGGAUGAUAUCAAGGCUAGGAGGGCGGCAAAUGGUGGCUGGCUUGACCCCGCGCCCGCCAACGUUAGGGAGUUCAAGAUUGUCACGACGAAGAAGGCAUUGAAAGAUGGCAUACGUCACCACAUCAUGAAGCUUUCCUCUUCCAAGGCGGACCUUGAGCAGAGAGGCAUUGAUCCGACGAACCAGGAUGAGUUCACUAGACCUGUUACUCUCCAACGGCGCGAUCCUCGCCAGCCGCCACCUGGCCGCGAAGUCAAGCAGGAAGCGCCCGAACCACAGCCGGUGGACGAAAAGGAGGCUGAGAGGCUAGCACAGAUGAAGGCUGAGCGUGAGGCUGUUCGUGCUGUCGAGCUGGCCAAAAGUGCACCAAGCCUUAAGGAUCCUAAUGCCGAUAAAAAACCAAAGCCCAAGAAGAAGGAGGAAGACGUACAGUUCCAUCGAACUCCCAGAACCGAAAAGGAGAAGAAGCAGCAGGAACUGCGAUACGAGGAAGCUCUUCCCUGGCACCUUGAGGAUGCGGAUGGUAAAAACGUCUGGGUUGGAUCAUACGUCGCUCCUUUGUCUGAGACGACCGUCUGCUUCGUUGCCACUAGAGACGGUAAAUUUGCAGCUGUUCCAUUAGAGAAGUGGUACAAGUUUACCGCCAAGCCACACUUCAACACCAUGAGACUGGAAGAGGCCGAGGCUUUGAUGAGCAAGAAGACAGACAUUGGUCGGUGGUAUAUGCGAGAUAAGCAGAAGAAGAGCGAGCAGGAUGAAUGGGAGGCAACUAGACACGCACUUUAUGGCCCUGCCAGGAUCAAGACUGAGAGCAACACCUUUCGUGCCGCCUCCAGAGAGGAAAAGAUGGAUCAUGAUCAGAUCGACAUGGAAGGUGACGAGUUUCAAGACGAUGAUGAAGCCCCUGGUCUCGAGGUGGAUAACGACGAGGACUUCAAAGAAGCCACUGAACGAAUUCGCCGUGACCAGCUUGGUGCCAACCUGUUUGGUGAAGCUGAUGAACGCAGGGUUGAGAAGGAACUCAAUGAGGAAAAGAAGGCCGAGGAAGAGCGUCGCAAGGAGGGCAAGCGGACCACUAAAGCUUUGAUCAAGAGAGAGAAGGAGACAAUCUACCAGUCCGACUCAAGCGGUUAUGAUCCUUUUGAAUCAUCUUCGAGCGAGGAUGACUCGGAUGAAGAGAAGAAAGAGGAUGAAAACAAGGACAAGGAGAAGGAGGACGAGAACGCGCAGAAGGGAGACUCAAAAGACAAGAACGCUUCGGGUGUUUCCUCCAAGGGUAACACAACCCCGUCUGGCCGACAGAAACAUACAGAUGCCCUGAAGAAGGGCAAGUCAUUGAAGCGCCCUGGCUCUCCCAAUCUGUCUGAAUCUAGUGGAAACGAAUCCUCACGCAAGAAGGUCAAGAAGCACGCUGUCGCAUCUGUCCAACAGAGCCGCUCGUCAACCCCUUCGUCUCAAGGACCGGCAGGCCAGAAGAGCAACCUGGGUAAGGGCGCAAUGAGCGACGGUGAGGCAACAGCAGGAGAGAUGUCGGACGGCCAGCCAAGGAAGAAGAAGAUCAAGCUUGUCGGCAGUGGGGCCAGGGGAACGCCCGUUGGCUCGAGGGCCGGUAGCCCAGCCCCUGUCGCACCUGGUUCCAAGCCUGGAUCACCCAUUCCAGAUGGCUCACCGCGUGCUGGUUCCCCUGGCGGUCCCAUUGAAGCUUGGGAGAUCAUCAAUGCUCUGCCAGACCUCCCUAAUGGUAUCAGCAUUGGAAACCUUAUGAGAAAAUUUGCGGGCCGGAUAGGAGAAGGCCCAGGCCAGAUGGACCGAAAGGACUGGAUCAAGCUCGUUCGAGAAAACUGUGCCUACGGCCCAGACAAGGUUCUCCGUCGCAAAUCUUAA